AUGCCAGCCCAAACAACAUGUCCGAUACCCGAAGUCGACCGCGCACUGUCGUCAUACAUAAACAAUCGGGAAGACACGCUAAGGAUUCGACGCACUCUUUCCAAGUAUCUCACCUCAAGCCUGAGGCCCGUCAAUGCAGCGACCCAGAAUCAGCAUCUGAACCAUGAGUGCCCACAGAACCUAUCUGCGGCCAACACCAACCCUCCAGGCCUGAAGGACACUCGUUUGGAAUAUCUACAGGCUCUGCGGGCCAAUUCCCAAGCGCAAACAAGACGCCGUGAACUCCAGACGUCAUUAGAAGAUUUACGCAACCGCUAUGUAGACGAGAACCCAACGCAGCCAGAAUCAGAAUACGACAACGAAGUUACGCGAGGCUAUGUUGCUUUAUUACGACAGCGCCGGUGCUAUGCAGAACUCCAGGUCAUCCAAGAGUCUCUAGACAAGCUCCUCACCGCAAAGCCAUCGACCGCUGCGGCUGACCCAAGAGCUUCCAUCAAAAGCGCCAUCGGUGAGCAACCAGACUUACCCGCCGAGAGGUUAGAGCAACUAUCGCAAGCCGAAGAUGAUCAAAACUGGGUCUUCAAGCUGAAGCAGGAGGUUCUCGAGGCGCGAACAGCCAUGGAGCGCGCCCAGGUCGCGAGAAAGAAGGCCCAGGAUGAGAUGCCGGGUGAGCCCAGCUUACAAGCGCAAGUUCAUGCGCUCGAGCGAGCAAGAGACGAGCUCGUUGAUUGGGUGCAAGGAGAGUUGGCCAAGAUGGAAGAGGACAGUGUUUUCCUUGAGGAUGCCUCACCCGUCAAACGUCCAGUCAGCGUCGCGGCACCCGUCGAUCUAGCGUCAGCAGAAACACAGAUACGAGAAUCGUACAACAAGUACAUUGAAGCUCGUGCUAGUCUGCUCGAAGCUCAUGCAAGCCUCCAGCAACCGUUGGAUGUCCAGACUGACGAUCAGAACGGCGGUCAAACUACACCCAACGAAGACAGCAAAGCCGCAGCAACGAAGCCUAUCCGGCCGAUUACCAAACUCUUGCCCUACCUCCCGCAUCUUACCCAGAUAGCAAACAACGAGCGUUCUCUGCUCCAGCAAUCUGUAUACCUCCAGAGUCAGAUUGCAUCCGCAGACCAAGACAUUGAAGAAGCACUUCUUCGACUCUCCGGCGAAAGCCAUCUUCUACCCGCUGGUUCGAAGGAAGUCGCAGCAUGGGGCAAGACAGCACGGGAAGCUGAGGCGGCUACUGAAAAACUGGUGAAAGAGCGUCUGCAGGCUGCCCGGCAAGAAGUGGGCAGUGUGAGCACGAUUGUAGAGCUCUGCUCGUUGCAGAGCAAGGUAUUGGAGUCAGCAUAG